AUGACGAUUGGACCGUUUGCAAGGAAGGUAUGCUUAAUCCCUGUGCUCCGAUCAGUGCCUCUUAUUAUGCUUCCAUUAUCACAGCGACCAGAAGUGGUUCGAGGACAAAUUCCCGCCACACCCCUAAGGUCGAGGAAAUCUCCUGGCUACGCGUUGCUCAUCUUCAUUUUGGAUUUUCGGUUAUGCGGCAACUGUCCUAUCCGUCUCGCUAAGCGGAGAUGCGCAUCGCAGCGAUUUAAAACCACAGUGAGUGAUCCCCCGACGAUCCAUUGA